AGCCUAGCUUGAGCCUAGACCUAACGGGGCUGUAACCGAGGUCGGUAGCUGCGUGUGGCCAUUUCCACGUCGUCCUUCCCUGAACUGUUUCCUUGCGGUCGCGCGCGGGUGACCGCGAGCUCUGCGCUUGAGAGUUCCGUAAGAGGCGCGUGCCCGCGGCGCGCACCCGGAGGCCCCGCGUGUCGGCUCUGGAGUUUCAGGCUCCUGGUUCUCGUGGGUCAGUUCGUCAGGCCAGUCAGCGCUGGCUGGAGCCGCCCGCGGUGGAAUUCUCUGGAGAUCACGCCUUCCCUGCUUGAGGUGGACGCUGGGCGGUGGCGUGUCGCCUGCGUUGUCGCAACCCGGUAACGCCUCCACCCAGGUCGAGCGGAUCCGUCGGAGCCUCAGCUCCUCAGGAGAGAUGAAGAAAACCCUGAAGGAUGAGAUUGAAGCCAUUCUUAAGAAGAGGAUUAUGGUGUUAGAUGGUGGGAUGGGGACCAUGAUCCAGCAGUACAAACUGAAUGAAGAAAGUUUCCAAGGUCAAGAAUUUAAAGAGCACACCAGGCCACUGAAAGGCAACAAUGACAUCUUAAGUAUAACUCAACCUGAUAUUAUUUACCAAAUUCAUAAGGAAUACUUGCUGGCUGGAGCAGAUAUCAUUGAAACAAACACUUUCAGCAGCACUUGUAUUGCCCAAGCUGACUAUGGCCUUGAACACUUGGCCUACCGGAUGAACAAGUGCUCUGCAGAUGUGGCCAGAAGAGCUGCUGAGGAGAUAACUCUGCAGACAGGAAUCAAGAGGUUUGUGGCUGGAGCUCUGGGCCCUACUAAUAAGACACUUUCUGUCUCCCCAUCUGUGGAAAGGCCAGAUUAUAGGAAUGUCACAUUUGAUGAGCUUGUUGAAGCAUACCAGGAGCAGGCCAAAGGACUGCUGGAUGGUGGCGUGGAUAUCUUACUCAUUGAAACUAUUUUCGAUACAGCCAAUGCCAAAGCAGCCUUGUUUGCACUCCAGAAACUCUUUGAAGAGAAUUAUGCUCCUCCCCGACCUAUCUUUAUUUCUGGGACUAUUGUUGAUAAAAGUGGAAGGACUCUUUCUGGCCAGACAGGAGAGGCAUUUGUCAUCAGCGUGUCUCAUUCAGACCCACUGUGCAUUGGAUUAAAUUGUGCUCUGGGUGCAGCUGAAAUGAGGCCUUUCAUUGAAACAAUUGGAAAAUGUACAACAGCCUAUGUCCUCUGCUACCCAAAUGCAGGUCUUCCCAAUACUUUCGGUGACUAUGAUGAAACACCAUCCAUGAUGGCCAAUCACUUAAAGGACUUUGCUAUGGAUGGCUUGGUGAAUAUAGUUGGUGGCUGCUGUGGUUCAACACCCGAUCAUAUCAGGGAAAUCGCUGAAGCUGUGAAAAAUUGUAAGCCUAGAGUUCCACCAGCUAGUGUUUUUGAAGGACAUAUGUUACUAUCUGGUCUCGAGCCCUUCAGGAUUGGACCAUACACCAACUUUGUUAACAUUGGAGAGCGCUGUAACGUGGCAGGAUCCAAGAAGUUUGCUAAACUCAUCAUGGCAGGAAACUAUGACGAAGCCCUGAGCAUUGCCAAAGUACAGGUGGAAAUGGGAGCUCAGGUGCUCGAUAUCAAUAUGGAUGAUGGCAUGCUGGAUGGUCCCAGUGCAAUGACCAGAUUUUGCAACUUUAUUGCCUCUGAACCUGACAUCGCCAAGGUGCCACUGUGCAUCGACUCUUCCAAUUUUGCUGUGAUUGAAGCUGGGUUGAAGUGCUGUCAAGGGAAGUGCAUAGUCAAUAGCAUCAGUCUUAAGGAGGGGGAGCAGGACUUCUUGGAGAAGGCCAGGAAGAUAAAGAAAUUUGGAGCUGCUGUUGUGGUUAUGGCUUUUGAUGAGGAAGGACAGGCAACAGAAACAGAUGUUAAAAUCAGUAUCUGCACCCGAGCCUACCAUCUACUUGUGGAAAAACUGGACUUCAAUCCAAAUGACAUUAUCUUUGACCCCAACAUUCUUACCAUUGGUACUGGAAUGGAAGAACAUAACUUGUAUGCUAUCAAUUUUAUCCAUGCAACAAGAAUCAUUAAAGAAACAUUACCAGGAGUCAGAAUAAGUGGAGGUCUUUCUAACUUGUCCUUCUCCUUCCGAGGGAUGGAAGCCAUUCGAGAAGCAAUGCAUGGUGUUUUCCUUUACCAUGCGAUCAAGUUUGGUAUGGACAUGGGGAUAGUCAAUGCAGGCAAUCUACCCGUGUAUGAUGAUAUCCAAAAGGACCUUCUUCAGCUCUGUGAAGACCUCAUCUGGAACAAAGACCCUGAGGCUACUGAAAAACUCUUACGAUAUGCCCAGACUCAUGGCAAAGGAGGGAAGAAAGUCAUCCAGACAGAUGAGUGGAGGAGUGGCUCCAUUGAAGAGCGUCUUGAGUAUGCUCUCGUGAAGGGCAUUGAAAAGCAUAUUGUUGAAGAUACUGAAGAAGCCAGGUUAAAUCAGAAAAAAUACCCCCGACCUCUGAAUAUAAUUGAAGGGCCUCUAAUGAAUGGCAUGAAAGUGGUUGGUGAUCUUUUCGGAGCUGGAAAAAUGUUUCUACCUCAGGUUAUAAAGUCAGCCCGUGUCAUGAAGAAGGCUGUUGGACACCUUAUCCCUUUCAUGGAAAAAGAAAGAGAGGAAGCAAGAAUUCUUAAUGGUUCGGUUGAAGAAGAGGACCCUUACCAAGGCACCAUUGUGCUGGCCACUGUUAAAGGUGAUGUGCACGACAUAGGCAAGAACAUUGUUGGUGUGGUGUUAGGAUGCAAUAAUUUCCGAGUUAUUGAUUUAGGAGUCAUGACUCCCUGUGAUAAGAUACUUCAAGCAGCUCUUGACCACAAAGCAGAUAUAAUUGGCUUAUCAGGACUCAUCACUCCAUCCCUGGAUGAAAUGAUUUUUGUUGCUAAGGAAAUGGAGAGGUUGGCUAUAAAUAUUCCAUUGUUGAUAGGAGGAGCAACAACUUCAAGAACCCACACAGCAGUUAAAAUAGCUCCACGGUACAGCGCGCCUGUAAUCCAUGUCCUAGAUGCAUCCAAGAGUGUGGUGGUGUGUUCUCAGCUGUUAGAUGAAAAUCUGAAAGAUGACUACAUUGAAGAAAUACAGGAAGAGUAUGAAGAUAUUAGACAGGAUCAUUAUGAGUCUCUCAAGGAGAGAAAAUACUUAUCCCUAACUCAAGCCAGAAAAAAUGGCUUCCACAUCGAUUGGCUGUCUGAACCCCACCCAGUGAAGCCCACAUUUCUUGGGACCCAGGUCUUUGAAGACUACAACCUGCAAACGCUGGUGGACUACAUUGACUGGAAGCCUUUCUUUGAUGUCUGGCAGCUCCGGGGCAAGUACCCGAAUAGAGGCUUCCCCAAGAUAUUUAACGACAAAACAGUAGGCAAAGAAGCCAGAAAGGUAUAUGAUGAUGCUCAGAAUAUGCUGAACAUACUGAUAAGUCAAAAGAAACUCCAGGCCAGGGGUGUGGUUGGAUUCUGGCCAGCACAGAGUGUCCAGGAUGACAUCCACUUGUAUGCAGAGGGUGUGGUGCCCCAGACUUCGGAGCCCAUAGCCACCUUCUAUGGGCUGAGGCAGCAGGCUGAGAAGGACUCUUCCAGUACAGACCCCUACCACUGCCUCUCAGACUUCAUUGCUCCUCUGCAUUCUGGUGUCCGCGACUACUUGGGUCUGUUUGCUGUCGCCUGCUUUGGGGUUGAAGACCUGAGUAAAGCCUACGAGGAUGACGGCGAUGACUACAGCAGCAUCAUGGUGAAGGCUUUGGGGGACCGGCUGGCAGAGGCCUUUGCAGAGGAGCUCCAUGAGAGAGUUCGCCGAGAACUGUGGGCUUACUGCAGUAGUGAGCAGCUGGAUGUUACAGACUUGCGCAAACUCCGGUAUGAGGGCAUCCGGCCAGCUCCUGGUUACCCCAGCCAGCCUGACCAUACUGAGAAGCUCACCAUGUGGAGACUGGCCAACAUUGAGCAGGCCACAGGCAUCAGUUUGACAGAAUCCUUGGCGAUGGCACCUGCUUCAGCAGUAUCAGGCCUCUACUUCUCCAAUGUAAAGUCCAAAUAUUUUGCUGUGGGCAAAGUUUCCAAGGAUCAGAUUGAAGAUUAUGCUUUGAGGAAGGACAUGCCUGUGGCCGAGGUGGAGAAAUGGCUUGGCCCUAUUCUGGGAUAUGAUACAGACUGACCUCUUUCUCUGUCGCACUCUUUUUUUUUCCCUUUUUUUUUUUUUUUUUUUGCCUUUAAAACCUUUAUGUUUGCUGACCUCAAGGGAGUACAAUCCAGAGUGCCUUAGAAAUAACAACAAAAGCACCUGUGUGCCUGCUGGCCUCCCCCACUGCCAUUGUUGUAAGGCUGGUUGGUGGCACAUGAUAUAGAGCAGGUCUUCUGGGGUCCUAAAACAUAAGUACUUUUUCAGGCACCUUAAAUGAGGUGCAUCAAGGUGCCAAGGCUCGUGGUGUUGUUAGGUCGUUAGAGUUGAAGCAAGCAGAAGACAUCUUUUGCAUUUCAAAGCAAAUCAACUAGCUUUUCCCCAUUUUUGCCUUUGACCUAGGAGGGUACUUGUACCUGAUUUUUGUUGUUUGUUUGUUUUUAUUGUUUUUCUCACAUUUAAAAAAGGUCCUGAAAAUAAGUUGAAUAGGGGAAUGUAUAGAGAAAUGUGACAUUUCAAUCUAAGUGUUUCAACAGUAGACUUGGACAGGGAGGAAGAUGUUCCUCUCUUUUUUCCUGCAAGACCAUAUUUUCUGAGGUUCAACUAACUGACUGUAGAAUUCUUUGGCAGAGGCAUACUCACUGCUUGCCGGACAGAAAUACUGGAACUGUUUGCCCUGGUGUUCUGGUGUAGCUAGGCACAGUCACAUUUUCAAUGCUUGUAGUUUCAUGGUCCCUUGCACUAGUGGAAAAAUGGAAGAGAAAGAAAGUGACUUCCAAGGGUAUUAUUUAACAUCUAGCUGUUCUCAGAAUGAGUAGGUUCUCAGCUGAGCCCUGGUAUUUGUGCAGAGCUGAAUCUGUGGGUGGCUAAGCCAUGCUGUUCUUUGCCAGCACCUGACUCCAAAUUCAUAUAUUUUGGAUAUACUAUACUGUCUUGCUCUUUGUUAUUUCUGAAGAUAUUGUUCAGAGCAUUAGGCUCUGAAAACGAAACUUCAACAUCAACUUUGCUGUGUAACUUCCAUGUGACAUAAGCCAAGUGCUCAGUCUUCCCAGCGUUGUCUGCUCAUCUAUAAAAUGAGAACAGUGAUCUUAAUUUCUGUCUCGUUGGAUGAGGUUUAAACAGGAUUGUGCAUAGAGACAGCUCAGUUACACACAGAUGUCUAAGUGGAGGUCCUGCAGAGCUCUGUAGUCUCAGCACUAUAGGUCCUCAUGAAAAGAAGAAGAGCUCAAAAGAAGAGGUACUGUAGGGAAAUGUGUAUGGGAAUCUCCUUCUGGCAUUAGAUCCCCACUUACAGUUUAUACUGACUGAGGAAGAGAAGCUACCUCUUAUGUGUUAUACACACUAUCAACUCAUCUUCUUUUAGACACCUCAUAUGUUGCCCCAAGGCAUUUACACCAAACACACAUUCUGGUCUAUUGGAGGUGAAUAGAAGAAAAUGACAGUUGGGUAAUGAUGAUCCUGUGUAUCUGUAAUCUUUCCAAUUUUAUUUUCAAAGUAGUGUACGCUUUCUGUAUCACUCAGGUGAAAAGAAUUAUCUUCUUUAAAGUGUGUUUAACUUGUAGUAGAGUGUAAAUGGGACUCAUUAGUCUGUACACUUAGUUUCAGGACGUAUUUCCAUAGCAGGUAUAUUCUUUAGCAUUGGAGUAUUCAUCUGUGAGAAAGAAUAACCUCCAGAUGUUUUAAUGCAUUUCAUCUGAAGAAUUACUAAUGUCUUUUUGUCUCAUUGCUAUUCUUUCAGCUGGAUUCCCUGAGUAUGUCUUUAUUGAUCUAACCCAUCACAUAUGCUGUAGUCGUCUUCCUCCUCUUCUUCUUUUUUUCAAGUUUAGGUGUGUAGAUAUUUACUAAGGAAUGGAAAUGGUAGCUUGAAAGCAUCCUGCUUAGUUUUAUUUUAGGUAUUCCAGAGAAGCUGGACUGUAAAGGCUGUAGUCUAAACUGGGCUCUUGUGUGCUUGAUUGGAUGCACCCAGCAUGUUCCCUCACCAUUGGCACCUGAGACUCUGACGUGAACUGAUUUUACACUUCAUGUUUAUUUUUUCACAGUUAAGAAUUAUCUGUAGCCAGAUGUGCCUGCCCUGUGCCUGUUAUCACAGCAUUUGGGAAGUUGAGGUAGAAGAUUGGCAUGGGUAGCAGGCUGUCCUGAGUUGAAUAGAUUGUCUUCAACAACAGAAAUAGCACCAGCAGGAUGACUUAAUGCAUAAAUGUACAGGCUGUCAAACCUGACCUGAGUUUGAUUUCUGAGACUCACAUGGUAGAAGAGACUGACUCCUGACCUCCACACACAGGUUGUGGCAUACCACACCAUAAAUACAUGUUUGUGAAGAAGGAAAGAAAAAAAAGGAAUUGUCUCCAUUUUGCUGCUUACUCUGCUGCCUGCUGUAGAGGCUAGUUUUAUGGAGCAGUGGCUGGAAAUAGGGAGAGUUUUAUUGGUAAUUAUUUCUCCUUCGAGCCAUUCACUUCCAUUCAUAAUGAACACACAUGGUAGCAGUUUUUUUUCCCCAUAGUUGAUUUUCUUCUCUCAUGCAUGAUCUUUUCACAAUAUUUGGACUUUCAUGUACCAGUUAUUUUUCUUUUGCUUACACUUAAUGCAGUGACAUUAAGGAGAGUGUAUUUUUUCAUCUCUUACCACUGAUGGCUUCUUACUAGAUCUAGAGGCCUUUCUGUGGGGUUAUCUUCUCUGGUUUAGACAGUGUUGACUGCUCCAAAUUCUUACCCAUAUCCCUCCCUUGACAUAAUUCUUUUGUUGGUCUUUUAUAUUUAUGGUCGUUUCUCAGCCAUUUCUUUCUUGAAGUUUUUUCUUCUACCUGCUUACAUUCUUAAAUUCUGUUACUAGUUGCUUUCCCAGCCUUUUGUUUCGGAGGAUGAUCUCUUCUGUCCAGUACUCCAGGCUCUUCCAUCCUUAAUUCUUGCUCCCUAAGAGGACGGUUACGACCUCAGCUGAAGGAGUGCAUGAGGCAUCUGAUAGUGGAAUAUCCCAAACCUUGCUUCUGUGCAUCUCAUCUGCUCUCCAGUGUGUUCAGUAGUAAAGACCGGUUGGUGCUGCCCAGUCACCAGGUUGCAAGGUCACUCCAUACUGUCUCUCUAGGACAGUUUGCUCAAAAACGUGUUGAACUGGUAGUAGAAGUACUGGUUCUUCCCUGGUUGACUCAUAUUUUAGGACCUGAAGAAUAAAGAUGGAGCAGCAGGGAAGGCACAGAUCAGGACCAGUGAAUAGAAAUGAAAGCUUAUACAGAUGCCAGAUUCUUUCACAUUGAGCUAUGAAGUCAAGACUCCAGCAGCAGUUCUAGCUGAGGUCGUGUUGAAGACAAGCAGACAAGCAAAGGACCAGAAGUGGUCAGAUGCUUCUGUAAAUGAAGAAAGGUUUAGGGAACUUGUCUGAUAUAGUACAUGAAGCUUUAGUGUAAAAAUGGCUUAAGUCAUUGUUGUCAAAAGUUAAGGACUUUAGAUAAACAAAUGAAUGAUUUAAGCGAGAAGACCUUUUUUUUU